AUGACAGAACAUAUUACAACAACAGAUUACAGUUACUUUGAUGGCGAUUCAAGCAGCUUUAUUUGUGAAAUGAGCAGUGUCAAAGAAUUGUUAAAAAUAUGUGGACCUAUUGCCUUGUCCAUCAUAUUCAUUUUUGGGUUUGUAGGUAACAUACUAGUUGUUGUGACCUUUAGCUGCUACAAGAGAAGUAAAACUAUGACAGACAUCUUUCUUUUAAACAUGGCAAUAGCAGACAUGCUGUUUAUAUUUACUCUUCCAUUCUGGGCUGUGUAUUAUCAGAAGGAUGAAUGGAUUUUUCAGGGUUUCAUGUGCAAAUUAUUAAGAAGCAUCUACGCAAUUAAUUUCAGCUGCAGUAUGUUGUUAUUGGCUUGCGUGGGUAUUGACCGAUAUGUAGCUAUUGUGCAGGUUACAAAAUCAUUUCGACUCAGAAACAUAGCACUGAGUCAUAAAGGAGUGCUCUGCUUGACAGUUUGGAUUGUAGCAGCCUGCCUCUCCAGCAUAACAUAUAUAUUUAGUGAGUCUUACAAACCUGAAAACAGCCCAGUAAUGGUUUGUGAAGCACGGUUCCCAGAACAUUUAUCUGCAUCCAAGUGGAAAUUUGCAAUUAUAGCUGUGGAAAUUUGUGUAGGAUUUUUUAUUCCUUUUAUUGUUAUGCUAUUUUGCUAUGCAUGUAUAAUUAAAACACUGCUGAAGGCAAAAAAUUCCCAAAGACACAAGGCAAUCCAAGUAAUUGUCACUGUAGUCAUCGUGUUUCUACUGUGCCAGGUCCCAUACAAUCUGGCACUUUUGGUAAAAGCUAUUAAUUUAGUUGGGCACAAUGAGGAAUGCACUGAAAGAAAAAACAUUGAGUAUGCACUCAAUUUCACAAAAUUGCUGGCCUUUUUUCACUGUUGUCUAAAUCCGGUCAUUUAUGCCUUCAUUGGUGUAAAGUUCCGAAAUUAUUUUGUGAAAGUAAUGCAAAAUAUGUGUUUUAUGCACAAGUUUGCCCUGUCUAGAACACGUGGCUCCAGGGUAUGCUCUGAUACAUAUACAUCAAGAAGGACAAGUGAGGUGUUUCCAAGUGAAGGCGGUUCAUCCUUCACUGUAUAA